CAGGAGUACUGCAGUGUGCUUGCAAUUGCCUAAUGAUAUAUCCGCCGGAAAAUGCAGCACAGGAUGUUGAAGUUGCUCGCCUGCCGUCGUCCCGCCGGUCGCCUUCGCAAUCCCCAACCACGACUCCAUCUCCACUACGUACUUGUCUGCGUGCCCCGCACCAUGACUUAGACUUCUGGACUGUCAUGUGUAAACCCCGUAUGACGCAUGCUUGCGCACUUGAUCGUCAGGGACGACAACAUUAUGCGUUAUCUCCGGGCAUAAUGGUGCUUCCUGCUCGUCUCCUGUGCGUAUCCCUAUUCGCGACCAUGGACGGUCGGAGCCCCUCAUUACCUGGCUCUGGCCCCUCUCCUCUCAACUGUCUUCUAUCCUCUGCUCCUUUCUACAUGAUGGUUAACACAUGGAUCCUCGAGGGGAUAUAAGACGCGUCCAGACGUCACAGGUUCAUGCACAAACCCACUCGCCUCUCUCCCUCUUCCACAACCUCAGAUCUAUCUCUAGCAUUCGAAAGCAAACAUGUCCCACACGCAGAAGC